ACCUUCUGCAAACCCUUCUCCGUUUCUGGCUCUCUCGCCCUCGCUCUCACCCUUUUGCUCGCUCUCGCGGCUCGCCCUCGCCUCUCGCUCGCGGCUCGCCAUCGCCCUUGCUCUUUUACUGGUCUCCCCAAUACGCCAGAAUAAACAAGCCUGAAGGCUUGACCAGAUGUUGCAAAUACAGAAGCUUGACUCAGAGUAGUCCCCCAAACCAGGCGACAAUCUGCAGGGCGGAAAGAAAUCAUUAAACCAUGGAGCUGGACAUUAACCACUGGAAGAAUUUAUGGGACACAUGGGAUAUCAGGGCAUUGAUCAUCACGUCUCUCUCUCUUCAAGCUCUUCUAAUCUUAUUGGGGCCCUUGAGGAAGAGUACUGUAAGAGGAUUCAUCCUCUUACUUCUCUGGCUCGCCUACUUGCUGGCCGACGCUGUAGCCAUCUUCGUCGUUGGACUCAUCUUCAGGAGCCAACAACGCAAGGAGGCUGACCUUUCCAUUCACCCAUUCCCUUAUGACAAUGCCUAUCUUCUCGCGUUAUGGUCGCCCUUCCUCUUAGUCCACCUCGGCGGCCCGGACACCAUUACUGCCUUCGCACUUGAAGACAACCAGCUCUGGCUUCGCCACCUUCUUCAGUUUCUAGUCCAGUCGGGCACUACGGCUUACGUAUUCAUCCUCACCCUCUCGACAAACAAGUUUUGGCUUCCCACCCUCCUGAUGUUUCUCGCGGGGCUCAUCAAAUACUCGGAGCGAACGCGCUCUCUGUACCUCGCCAGCAUUGGGAAAUUCAGGAAGAGUUUAGACCCCGAUGUUGCCAAGGCAGCAGUUACGGCUAUCCGAAUCUGUGAUAAAGGGGAACAAAAGGAUUUAUCUGAUAUUGAAGUGAUCAAGGUUGCUUAUAUGUUCUCCCAGGCCUUCAAAGGCCUUAUUGCCGAUCUCAUUUUUGAUUCAUUCCACUGGGACUCGAGCCGAGGCUUCUUCAUGAAUUUGACUGCCAAGGAUGCCUUCAAAAUAGUGGAGGUGGAGCUCAAUUUCCUCUAUGAAAUUCUCUACACCAAGGUUGUGGUGAUCCAAGGCCUGGCCGGAUUUUGUCUCCGAUUUAUCUCCUUCUGUUCAGUUGUGGUGGCAUUUUCAUUGUUUGCUUCCAGGGAAAAGAAGGAGCUUCAUCCAAUUGAUAUUAGAAUUACCUAUGCUUUGUUCAUCGGUGGAAUUUCUCUCGACAUUACAGCUUUCUUUAUGAUGAUUUUGUCUGAUUCAACUGCCGUUGCACUCACCAAAUCAGAGGAUCCAUCUCGGGUCACUAGAAUUCUGGCCAAACUCCUUUUUGUCAAGAGGCAAAGGUGGGUUGUUGAAGACACAUCAAAGCCUUAUCCCUUUCGUUUGAAGCUGGUUCAGCCUCUCCUCCGCCGGAGAUGGUCUGAAUGCAUCUCUCAAUUCAGCCUGAUCCAUUACUGUCUGCACACCCGUUCUGAAUGGACGGAAAAGGUCAUCGACUCUUUGGGUCUCACUGAUAUUCUAGACGGCUUGAAGUACGUGAACACGAAGAGAUUUGACACAAGACUGAGAAACUUCAUCUUCGAAGAGUUGAGAUCGAAGUGUUUCGAGACCCAUGAAUUAGUGAACGCCAGGAAGGUAGCUUUGGCCAGGGGCGAAUGGGUUCUUAACAACGUAGGUUGUGAUACCUUGCUUACAUUUGUUAGUGACUUUCUUUAUGAUGAUAGUCUAUUAUUGUGGCACAUUGCUACCGAGCUAUUAUACGGUACUGAUAGAGGCAACGAUCACAACAAGGAUCUUCGUGAAUUCUCUAAGCUCUUGUCGGAUUACACGUUUUAUCUCCUGAUUAGGCAGCCAAAUUUGAUGCCUGCAGCAGCAAGUAUCACGCAAGAAAGAUUCAGGGAUACCUGUGCGGUGGCCAAGGAUUUCCUUGGGAAGCAGAAGAGAAAAAGGAAAACCUCCUUUUGUAUCCCUUGUGUGGAUAAAUGCUUCUGCUCUAGGAAAUCAGAGAACGAACAGAAACAAAGCCCAUUUAAUCAAAGUGCACCUGGUUCCGGUUCUUGUCGAGAGAUCUUUCGUUGCUUCAUGAAAUGGGGUAGCAACGAGAAAAAAGGAUGGGAUUUUGAAUACGAGAAAGCCUGCAAUUCCAUCCUUGCUGUUGAGAAUGAAAAUGAAAUAGAAAACGUUCGACACGACAAAUCAUUAUUGUUUACUGGAAGCAUACUGGCCAAGGAGCUAAAAAUGUACGAAGAGAAAGAGGGAAAAGACAAAUGGGAGAUAAUGAGCAAAGUGUGGGUUGAGUUGAUAUCUUAUGCAGCUUGUCAUUGCGGAGGCAACGCUCAUGCUGCACAACUUUGUCAAGGUGGGCAACUAAUCACUGUGGUGUGGCUGUUGAUGGCUCAUUUAGGCUUGGGGGAGCAGUUUGAUUUCAUUUAAGACGACCAAAUACCGGUUCAUCGCUACGGGUAGGCUUAUGACUUAACUGCCAAAGUCUCUUCAUGUCUUCCUCCUCUGUCGCUGUGGGAUAGAUGGGGGGAUUUCCUUUUAGUAAAAUUUUCUUGAGCUAUGUUUCGAUAUAUCAUUUUCCUUCUUGUAGUAAUUUUUUGGUUCCC